AUGUCCUACACCUAUCCAUUGCCGGACCUGGCCCAGUACGACGUUUCCGAGAAGACCGGCUUCCUGCCGGAGGAGAUGCCGCUGGAGUCGCUGGGUCCCUACUACGAGCCGUGGGAACGUCUUGUGCGGGCCUUACCGGGCCUGCUGUUAACAAAGCGGAUUCGCGCCGUCGUGGACGCCCUGCCGCUGCUGUCGACGUCGCAGCUGCAGUCCGAGGCCGAGUUCCGGCGAGCAUACUCGGUCCUGGGCUUUCUUGCCCACGCAUACAUCUGGGGAGUCGCCGAGCCCACAAACCGUCUUCCCGAACAGCUGGCCAGGCCGUGGAUCGCCGUUUCCGAGCAUCUGCGCCUGCCGCCCGUCGCCACCUACGCAGGGCUGUGUCUGUGGAACUUCCGCUACCUUUUGCCCGACUCCGACACCAAUUUCCUCGACAACAUACAGACCAUCUCCACGUUUACUGGGUCCUUCGACGAGAGCUGGUUCUACCUGGUGAGUGUGUACUUCGAGUACAAGGGAGCUUCGUGCUUGACCACAGGGCUCGACGCCAUCAAAUACGCCAGAGAGGGCUCUUCGGACCGGGUCGUGCAGUGUCUGCAGCGGCUAGCCGAGCAGAUCGACUACCUCGGCUCUGUGCUGAUGCGCAUGGAGGAAAUGUGCGACCCGCACGUGUUCUACUUCCGUCUGCGGCCGUACCUGGCCGGCUGGAAAAACAUGAAGGACGCCGGGCUCGAGAACGGUGUCUACUACGGCAACGAGGCCGUUCCGCGCGAGUACAGCGGCGGCUCGAACGCGCAGUCGUCGUUGAUCCAGGCGCUCGACCUGCUGCUGAACGUCGAGCACCGGUCGACGGGCGAGCAGGCCCCCUCGGCAGGCGAAAACCCGUUCAUGGCAGACAUGAGACGGUACAUGCCGGGCAAGCACGCCGACUUCCUGGCCCAUCUUGGCAAAAUCAACAUUCUGAGCGACUACGUGGCCAGACACGCGCACGAGAACUCUGAGCUUGUUCUGUCGUACGACGCGUGCGUCGCAAUGCUCAAGUGUUUCAGAGACAAGCACAUCCAGAUCGUGACCCGCUACAUCGUGAUCCAGUCGCAAAAAGCGCGCAGCAUCGGCUCCCAGACCACCAGCACGCUGCGUGCCGGCCUCGCAAAGGCCAAGACGCCGAAAAAGGACAUUCGCGGAACGGGAGGCACCGCCCUGCUGCCGUUCCUCAAGCAGUGCAGAGACGAGACCGGCAACGCUGCUGCCGGCAACUGGGGAAGAAGAAUCCUGAGCUACAAGGAGAAGCCGGCGCCAUCUUCGUCCUCCGAAACGGUCGGCCUGGCCGGCCAAUGGACCAAGGGUUCUGGCGACGGGUCUGCCCAUUGGUAG